AUGACGAUGGAGGAACCGCCGGGCCUUGCGCCUCAAAAUGGGAUCCCGAAACCCGAGACCGAGAAUAAUAAGAAUGUCCUGCCGCCGCCCAAACCCGCCUCGGUCGCGGACUCCCUAGGAUCCAGGAGCCAGGCUAAGGUUGCGAUUCCCCGAUCCCGUGCGGGGGGCAUUAUUCCCAGAUAUACUCGUCGUGUUCCGCGUGCUUGUGAGUCGUGUCGUGCGCGAAAGACGAAGUGUAGUGGUGAUACUCCGGUUUGUCGACAGUGUCGAGAAUUGAGGGUGACGUGCAAUUAUCCCGUGGGAUGGAAGGAGAGAACGAAAAGACAAGUCGAAAACCUUUCCGAAAAGGCGCAAGAAUAUGAAAAUCUUCUCAAGGAGUUGGGACAUUUGGUGGAGAGUCGUACUGCGGAGCGGAUCAGGAGCUUGCUGGACAAGCAUGGUACGGAAGUCGACUACUCCCCCAACAGCAACAGCAACCAGUCUCAUUCGGUUACGCCAAAUGACGAUGCGGUAGAGGAAGAAAUGGAUGAAAUGAGCUCGCCAUCGUCCAUCGGUUCCCUCGAAGCCAUUGAUCGGGUGGAAGAAGACUUGAACCGAAACGAACACUCGAGAGCAACUGGGUACAUGGGGAAGAAUUCCGAGGUUACAUGGAUGCAACGGCUCCAGCGAGAGGCCGAGCACAGGUCGAAGGGAUUACCGGGGUCUUUGGAGCCAGGUCAGAGCAAGCGCCAGGACGAUGACCUUGCUCUACAUGCCGUGAGUUAUCAUCUUGACGACCUCGAUAUCUCCGUGCCUGGACCAGUCGAACUUUACGCCAUGCCCCCUCGACAUGUGGCCGAUAAAUUGUUCGAUGAUUACUUGAGGACUGUGCAUCCAUUUUUUCCCAUCAUCAACCGACCUCUAUUCACCGCACAGUACCGAACGUUCUUCGAUAGCAAUGCACGACCUGGGGACAAGUGGCUCGCGAUCUUGAACAUGAUAUUCGCCAUAGGAGCGAAACAUGCUCAUCUGAUAGAGGCACCGUGGCAAGGCGACGAUCGGGAUCAUUUGGUGUACCUGACUCGAGCCAGGAUUCUCAGUAUGAAUGGGGAUGUCCUAUUCAGCCACCCCGAUCUCCAGCAAGUGCAGGUUGAGGGCCUGAUUGCUUUCUAUCUACUCGCCUCCGACCAGAUCAAUCGGGCAUGGCGCAUCUCCGCCUUGGCAGUACGGUCUGCUAUCACACUUGGCAUUAACAUGAAGAGCAGCAGCCCUAGCACUCCGAACAUUUCCAAAGAGGCUCGUUACAGGGUAUGGUGGUGUCUAUAUACAUUCGAGCAUAUGCUUGGUAUCAUGACUGGCCGGGCUACAUGCAUUCUCGAUGGUAUCUGCACCACGCCCCUGCCAGUCCCCUUUGAGGAGGAACAGUUACAGGAGCCUCGGGCUGCCGAAGUCCUCAACAACUCCCAUCUCCGAGAUGAACGCAUCAACGCGGUAAUGGCCAGCGCUUGGGUUCGACACAUGCCGUUGAAUCCAACUGGCGGCAAGUCAGCCCCACAUUCAUCCCGCUCACGCGACAACUCCUGGGUGACAAGCAUCCCUUUCAACUCAGGUCUCUGCCACUUGUACUAUUGCGAUCUGGCAGUCGUUAUACAAGAGAUUGUGAACAAGGUGUACUCCGUGGAUUGCGUGAUGGUACCGUGGAAAGACAUUGAGUAUCGAAUCGGCGAGCUGCGCUCUCGAAUCGACCUCUGGUUCCACAGUAUCCCGACUUCCCUCAAUUUCACCCGCAAGGAGGAUGAAGGCCCGGAGUUGCUCCGCUGCAAACUCGCCCUCGCCUUCCACUACUACAGUGCCCGGAUCACCCUCGGCCGCCCUUGUCUCUGUCGGCGCGACGCGCAGAAGAAAAGCCCUGCCGACAGAACGAGCUUCAGCCACGAAAUGGCCGUGUUGACCCUCGAGUCUGCCGAGCGCAUGCUAGAUCUGAUCCCAGACGAGCCGAACGCAGUUCAACUCUACGAGAUCGCCCCCUGGUGGUGCAUCCUGCACUACCUCAUGCAAGCCGUAACCGUGCUCCUCCUAGAGCUCUCCUUCGGGACCGUGCACGCCCCCGACUCAGAAAAAAACUACCUCCUGCUUUCCAAAAAGGGCAUCCGCUGGCUCUACGCCAUGUCCGAACAUAGCAUCGCCUCCCGCCGCGCCUGGCAACUCUGCGACCUUAGUCUGCGCCGUAUCGCCUCCGGCAUGAGCUUCGAUGUCAGCGAUAUGCCCUCUCACUCAUACCACCCUGCACCUACAUCUACACUAUCUCUCCCUGAAACAGCACACAUGGACCAAAAUACCACCACACAAGAAUCCAACGACUUCUGGGGUAGCCUUGAGGAUCUCUCCUUGAAUAGCCACGCCCAAGGAGCGAACCAAGAUACUUCUAACAGUGGGGUUCAGCAUUACUCGCCUUACCCCAUUUUCGGAAAUAUGCCUACCACCAAUCCAAUGACCACUCGCCCCGGCGAUGGUCCGACUACGGAUGAUUUGUAUUUCCCGUAUGAUCCUAUCAGUGGUGAAUUCAUUCGCUCGUUCUUCCCACAUCCGAAUGAAGAAGGAUCGUGGGAUCCAAAUUGA